UUGCAGGCAGUGUGGGCCUUGGGAAACAUAGCAGGAGACAGCACAGAAUGCAGAGACUUUGUCAUAGACUGCAACAUCCUGCCUUCCCUGGUGCAGUUAUUGGCCAAACAGAACCGUCUAACGAUGAUGAGGAAUGCAGUGUGGGCGCUCUCAAACCUGUGCAGAGGAAAAAACCCACCUCCGGACUUCGCUAAGGUGUCCCCGUGUCUCAGUGUGCUGUCCUGGCUGCUGUUCGUCAAUGACACAGACAUCCUGGCUGAUGCAUGCUGGGCACUCUCCUACCUAUCUGACGGCCCCAACGACAAAAUCCAGGCUGUUAUUGACUCAGGAGUCUGUCGCAGGCUGGUGGAGCUACUGCUGCACUCUGACUAUAAGGUGGUGUCUCCUGCACUGAGAGCUGUUGGGAACAUAGUCACAGGAGAUGAUCUGCAGACACAGGUGAUUUUGAACUGUUCGGCGCUGCAGUCCCUCCUGCACCUCCUGAGCAGCCCCAAGGAGUCCAUCAAGAAGGAAGCCUGCUGGACCAUCUCCAACAUCACCGCAGGGAACCGAGCACAAAUACAG